GGACUAUCCACCAAUGAAACUGGUCAGAGCAGGAAUUCAUAUUGUUUCUGUCUACAGUUAUAGUUGACUAUAUGGCUGGCAGACAGGCAGUGAAAGCAUACUUGGAUCUCUUGUCGCAGCCAUGCAGGGCUUUACUUAUAUUCCUUAAACACAACAGAAUACCACAUACGGUGGAACUCGUUGCGUUACGAAAAGGGCAGCACAAAACACCUGAGUUCUCCAAACUCAACCCCAUGCAAAAAGUGCCAGUGUUGGAUGACAAUGGAUUCGUGCUUACUGAGAGUGAUGCUAUAUUGAAGUAUCUGGCGACAACCUACAAUGUCCCUGAUCACUGGUACCCCAAACUGCCAGAGAAGAGAGCUCGAGUGGAUGAGUACACGGCCUGGCAUCAUGUGAACACACGUAUGCAUGCUUCCACAGUCUUCCUGCAAGAGGUUAUAUUUCCAAGGAUGGGACAGCCAACAAAUCCUGUGAAGUUUAAAAAAGCACUGACAGACCUGGAUGGCACACUGGACAUGCUGGAAAACAUGUUUUUGAAGAGACAGGCCUUCCUGUGUGGUCAUGACAUCUCACUGGCUGACCUUUUAGCAGUUUGUGAGCUCAUGCAGCCCAUGUGCAGCGGGAGGGACGUUCUGAAGGACAGACCCAAACUGCAGAGCUGGAGGAGUCGAGUACAGUCAGCGCUCUCUGACUCCUUUGAUGAAGCUCACUCUGUUGUCUAUCAAAUAAGGCAGAAGUUCACAGCUAAAUUGUGAAAAAUCAACUCUCUAUUAUAGAAGAUUAUAUGUCAUUAAUCAUACAUUUAAUGAUUAAUAUGGCAUCUGUUCAACAUGGAUAUGCAGUUUGUGCAAUAUCAUGUUUAAUAUUUUCAAAAGAGUCAUAUAUCCAUAUACAUAUGCAUGUAAAUAAGAGGCCUGAAUAUCUUUACAACAUGGUAGUGUGGUUUGCUAAAUGAAUAAGACUGUGAUGAUUCAAAUAUAAUUGAAAAUGUUAAAACAUUUUAUUGUUGACAGGAACUGGUAAAAGAAGACUACAAGUUUUAAAGUGUGUGAAUGUCAAGACCCAGGUUUGCUCUUGAAUGAUGCUUUUCUUCUCACUCUUGUGCCUUACCUUUCUGUGAUGGAUAUGUCCAUUUAAAUCAGUUCAGUUAA